AUGACGACAGACCCGUAUGCCAGGGUUUGGAUCCCUGAUCCAGAGGAGGUCUGGAAGUCAGCAGAACUUCUCAAAGAUUAUAAACCUGGAGAUAAAGUCCUCCAGCUUCGACUUGAGGAGGGCAAGGACCUAGAAUAUUGCCUAGAUCCGAAGACGAAGGAACUCCCGCCCUUGCGAAACCCUGACAUACUUGUUGGUGAAAAUGACCUCACAGCACUCAGUUAUCUCCAUGAACCUGCUGUUUUACACAACCUCAAAGUUCGAUUUAUAGACUCUAAACUAAUCUAUACCUAUUGUGGUAUUGUCUUAGUGGCCAUAAAUCCUUAUGAACAACUGCCUAUCUAUGGCGAAGAUAUCAUCAAUGCGUACAGUGGCCAAAAUAUGGGGGAUAUGGAUCCACAUAUCUUUGCGGUGGCUGAAGAAGCGUAUAAGCAGAUGGCCAGAGAUGAGCGAAAUCAGUCAAUCAUUGUCAGUGGGGAAUCUGGAGCUGGAAAGACCGUCUCUGCUAAGUAUGCCAUGAGGUACUUUGCCACGGUCAGUGGGUCUGCCAGUGAAGCCAAUGUUGAGGAGAAAGUCUUGGCCUCCAACCCCAUCAUGGAGUCUAUUGGAAAUGCCAAAACUACGAGGAAUGACAACAGCAGUCGCUUUGGGAAAUACAUUGAGAUUGGUUUUGAUAAGAGGUAUCGAAUCAUUGGUGCUAACAUGAGAACUUACCUCUUGGAAAAAUCAAGAGUGGUGUUUCAGGCAGAAGAGGAGAGAAAUUACCACAUCUUUUACCAACUUUGUGCCUCUGCAGCAUUACCUGAGUUUAAAACUCUACGAUUAGGGAAUGCAAAUUACUUUCACUAUACAAAGCAAGGUGGAAGCCCUGUGAUUGAUGGUGUCAAUGAUGCUAAGGAAAUGGUAAACACCAGGCAGGCCUGCACUUUGCUAGGGAUUAGUGAUUCCUACCAGAUGGGAAUUUUUCGAAUCCUUGCUGGCAUCCUUCACCUGGGCAACGUGGAGUUUGCAUCUCGGGAUUCUGACAGCUGCACUAUUCCUCCCAAGCACGAACCCCUCAGCAUCUUCUGUGACCUCAUGGGCGUGGAGUAUGAAGAAAUGGCCCACUGGCUUUGCCAUAGGAAGCUCGCAACUGCCACCGAAACCUACAUCAAGCCAAUUUCUAAACUUCAUGCCAUCAAUGCCAGAGAUGCGCUUGCCAAGCAUAUCUAUGCUAAUCUCUUUAACUGGAUUGUAGAUCAUGUGAACAAAGCACUUCACGCUACUGUAAAACAGCAUUCUUUCAUUGGAGUGUUGGACAUUUACGGAUUUGAGACGUUUGAAAUCAACAGCUUUGAACAGUUCUGUAUCAACUACGCUAACGAGAAACUGCAGCAGCAAUUCAAUAUGCAUGUCUUUAAGCUGGAACAAGAAGAAUAUAUGAAGGAACAAAUACCAUGGACCUUGAUUGAUUUCUACGACAAUCAGCCUUGCAUCAACCUCAUAGAGGCCAAAAUGGGAAUUCUCGAUCUGUUGGAUGAGGAGUGCAAGAUGCCAAAAGGCUCGGAUGACACGUGGGCCCAAAAACUCUACAAUACUCAUUUGAAUAAAUGUGCCCUCUUUGAAAAGCCACGUCUGUCAAAUAAGGCUUUUAUCAUCAAGCACUUUGCUGACAAGGUGGAAUAUCAAUGUGAAGGCUUUUUGGAAAAGAAUAAAGACACAGUUUAUGAAGAACAAAUUAAAGUCCUAAAAUCAAGUAAGUUUAAGCUGCUACCAGAGUUAUUCCAGGAUGAGGAGAAGGUCCUCAGUCCCACGUCAGCAACCCCUUCGGGGCGUGUGCCUUUGUCUCGAACGGCUGUAAAACCAGCCAAGGCCAGGCCAGGUCAAGCCAGCAAGGAACAUAAGAAAACUGUGGGACAUCAGUUUCGAAACUCUCUUCACCUGCUGAUGGAAACCCUGAACGCUACAACUCCACACUACGUGCGCUGUAUUAAGCCUAAUGACUUCAAGUUUCCAUUCACAUUUGAUGAAAAGCGGGCAGUACAGCAGCUGAGAGCUUGUGGUGUCCUGGAGACCAUCCGAAUCAGUGCAGCUGGCUUCCCCUCCAGGUGGACAUACCAAGAGUUCUUCAGCCGUUACCGUGUUCUGAUGAAGCAGAGAGAUGUCCUUAGUGACCGAAAGCAGACGUGUAAAAAUGUCCUGGAGAAGCUGAUUCUGGACAAGGAUAAGUACCAGUUUGGUAAGACAAAAAUAUUUUUCCGGGCUGGUCAAGUAGCCUAUCUGGAAAAAAUAAGGGCAGAUAAGUUGAGAGCUGCCUGUAUCCGCAUCCAAAAGACGAUCCGAGGCUGGCUGAUGCGAAAGAAGUACGUGCGUAUGAGGAAGGCUGCCAUCACCAUUCAGAGAUAUGUCAGAGGGUACCAAGCACGAUGCUAUGCCAAGUUCCUGCGGAGAACACGGGCUGCCAUCACUAUUCAGAAGUUCCAGCGGAUGUAUGUGGUCCGCAAAAGAUACCAAUGCAUGCGAGCUGCUACUAUUGCUCUUCAGGCUCUCCUGAGAGGUUACAUGGCCAGGAACAAGUACCAAAUGAUGCUUCGGGAGCACAAGUCGAUUAUUAUUCAGAGACAUAUAAGAGGCUGGCUGGCUCGAGUGCACUACCGUAGGACCUUGAAGGCAAUUGUUUACUUGCAAUGCUGUUACCGGCGCAUGAUGGCCAAGAGAGAGCUAAAGAAACUGAAGAUAGAGGCCCGGUCUGUAGAACGCUACAAGAAACUUCACAUUGGCUUGGAGAACAAGAUCAUGCAGCUGCAGCGAAAAAUUGAUGAGCAGAACAAAGAGUACAAAUCUCUGCUGGAGAAGAUGAGCAACCUGGAGAUCACGUACAGUACGGAGACAGAGAAGCUGCGGAGUGAUGUGGAAAGGCUUCGGAUGAGUGAGGAGGAGGCUAAGAACGCAACCAACCGUGUCCUCAGCCUUCAGGAGGAGAUUGCCAAGCUCCGGAAGGAGCUGCACCAAACUCAGUCUGAGAAGAAGACCAUUGAGGAAUGGGCAGACAAAUACAAACAUGAAACUGAGCAGCUGGUAUCAGAGCUGAAAGAGCAGAACACAUUACUGAAAACGGAAAAGGAGGAGCUGAACCGCCGCAUCCAUGACCAGGCGAGGGAAAUAACAGAGACGAUGGAAAAGAAGCUCGUGGAGGAAACAAAACAGCUAGAGCUAGAUCUGAAUGAUGAACGGUUACGAUACCAGAACCUGCUGAAUGAGUUCAGCCGUUUAGAGGAGCGGUAUGAUGAUCUCAAGGAUGAAAUGAACUUAAUGGUGAACAUCCCCAAGCCUGGACACAAAAGAACGGAUUCAACUCACAGUAGUAAUGAAUCUGAAUAUACUUUUAGCUCUGAGAUCACAGAAGCAGAAGACUUACCAGUGAGGAUGGAGGAACCAAGUGAGAAGAAGGCACCAUUGGAUAUGUCUCUGUUCCUCAAGCUGCAGAAACGGGUUACAGAGCUGGAGCAAGAAAAGCAAUCCCUGCAGGAUGAGCUGGACAGAAAGGAAGAACAGGCUCUCCGUGCUAAAGCUAAGGAGGAGGAAAGGCCUCCAAUAAGAGGUGCAGAGUUGGAGUAUGAGUCGCUCAAGCGUCAAGAACUUGAAUCUGAGAAUAAAAAACUGAAGAAUGAGUUGAAUGAGCUGCAGAAGGCCCUCACAGAAACGCGAUCUCCAGAGGUAACUGCUCCUGGUGCCCCUGCAUAUCGAGUCCUCCUGGAUCAGCUGACUUCAGUGAGUGAAGAGCUGGAAGUACGCAAGGAAGAAGUCCUCAUCCUGAGGUCUCAGCUUGUUAGCCAGAAGGAGGCUAUUCAGCCCAAGGAGGAUAAGAAUACCAUGACAGAUUCUACAAUCCUCUUGGAGGAUGUACAAAAGAUGAAAGACAAAGGAGAAAUAGCACAGGCGUAUAUUGGACUGAAGGAAACAAACAGGCUGCUGGAGUCUCAGCUUCAGUCACAGAAGAAGAGCCACGAGAACGAACUGGAAUCGCUGCGAGGUGAGAUCCAAAGUCUGAAGGAAGAAAACAAUCGCCAGCAGCAGCUCCUAGCACAGAAUCUGCAGCUGCCUCCAGAGGCCCGCAUUGAAGCCAGUCUACAGCAUGAGAUCACCCGGCUGACUAAUGAGAACUUGUUUUGUGAGGAGUUGUAUGCAGAUGAUCCCAAGAAGUAUCAAUCGUACCGGAUUUCACUUUACAAACGGAUGAUUGAUUUAAUGGAGCAGCUUGAAAAGCAAGACAAAACUGUUCGCAAGUUAAAGAAACAGUUGAAAGUAUUUGCUAAGAAGAUCGGCGAACUUGAAGUGGGCCAGAUGGAGAACAUAUCACCUGGACAAAUCAUUGACGAACCUAUUCGUCCAGUUAACAUUCCACGGAAAGAAAAGGACUUCCAAGGGAUGUUAGAAUAUAAGAAGGAAGAUGAACAAAAACUUGUCAAGAAUCUUAUUUUAGAGCUGAAACCACGUGGGGUAGCUGUCAACCUGAUUCCAGGACUACCAGCAUAUAUUUUGUUCAUGUGUGUACGCCAUGCGGAUUACCUUAAUGAUGACCAAAAAGUGCGGUCAUUGUUGACUUCCACUAUCAAUGGCAUCAAAAAAGUGUUGAAGAAAAGAGGUGAUGACUUUGAAACAGUAUCCUUCUGGCUAUCUAACACCUGCCGAUUUUUGCACUGUUUGAAGCAAUAUAGCGGAGAAGAGGGGUUUAUGAAGCAUAAUACACCUCGUCAAAAUGAACACUGCCUCACGAAUUUUGAUUUAGCUGAAUACAGACAAGUACUGAGUGAUUUGGCUAUUCAGAUCUACCAACAACUUGUCCGAGUGUUGGAAAACAUUCUGCAACCAAUGAUUGUUUCAGGAAUGCUGGAGCAUGAGACUAUCCAAGGUGUCUCAGGGGUGAAACCAACAGGGCUGCGGAAGAGAACAUCCAGCAUUGCCGAUGAAGGAACCUACACUUUGGACUCUAUUAUUCGGCAGCUGAACUCUUUCCAUUCAGUGAUGUGUCAGCACGGAAUGGAUCCGGAGCUGAUCAAACAGGUUGUCAAGCAGAUGUUCUACAUCAUUGGGGCUGUAACACUUAAUAAUCUUCUCCUGCGCAAGGACAUGUGCUCGUGGAGCAAAGGAAUGCAGAUAAGAUACAAUGUGAGUCAACUGGAGGAAUGGCUACGUGAUAAAAAUUUGAUGAAUAGUGGGGCUAAAGAAACACUGGAACCCCUCAUCCAGGCUGCACAAUUGUUGCAAGUAAAAAAGAAAACAGAUGAAGAUGCAGAAGCCAUCUGUUCAAUGUGCAAUGCACUGACUACUGCCCAGAUUGUAAAAGUUCUGAAUUUGUAUACGCCAGUAAAUGAGUUUGAAGAGAGAGUCUUGGUAUCAUUUAUACGUACAAUACAGAUGCGUCUGCGAGACAGGAAGGACUCUCCUCAGUUGCUCAUGGAUGCUAAACACAUCUUUCCUGUUACUUUUCCUUUUAAUCCAUCCUCUCUGGCACUAGAAACCAUUCAGAUCCCAGCCAGCUUGGGCCUGGGCUUCAUAUCACGUGUCUGAUCCCAAGGAUGUACCAUCAGUGUUAGACGGAGAAUCGGUUGCCUGAUAUCUUUACCCAUUAAAACAUAGUGAGCCACUGAAAACACAUUUUUUGAACAGUCUAUAUUUUCCCAGAUCUGUAGUAAAAGUAGCUGGAAAACUACAUAACAGCACCACAGAUUGAAGGCUAAUAGAAAGAUGUGCAUUUGUGUUCAGUCUUUGCAUUUAAGAGGACAUCACUGAUUCAUACAUUUCCAGAAUAUGGAAAUCGGGCUUGGACAAAAAUUGUGUGUUCAGCUGUCUAGAGACAUUUUUAGAUCUUUAGUAACAUAUUUAAAUAAUGUAAAUUAAACUCCAUAUGUAAUCUUCUCAUAGGCAGGGACCAACAGGGACAGUCACAGUCCUGAACAUGGGAGACUUGAAAGUAAGGCAUUUUGUAGUAGAAUACACAGUCACUUGGGAGCCUGUUACAUUUAAUUUGUAAAAACUGGAAUGGAGAAACACAAACUGGCAAUAUUUAAGAUGAUUUCUUAAACCACUUCCUUAUUUAUGUCAGUUUGACAUAAAUUCUAGUGAUAAGUCUUAUAGCUCACUAUAUGCUAUAACUUAGGUGUUCAUUUGUUAGUACUGUGGUUUGCCAAGCAUACUAAAUCACUGCUGCAUAUUGUGUUCUUUUAAAUGUAUGACAGUAUCAUACUAAGCACUAAAAAUAAGAUAUUUCAUUUUUUGUUGUCAACCUUAUUUACAGUCCAAUGCAGUCUGUUACUUUAACUGGAUUUUUGCAAAUGGUAUCAAAUAACACCUGUAGAGGAAAAUGGUAACUAAGCACAAGUAGCACACUGGAAAUUACAUGUUUAGUUAUUUUUAAAUGUAGUUAGCUAAAAAUACAGUAUCUUAAAGCAAAUGAUCAGAAGUCAAUAAUGAUUUUAGUAUUUAUUUAGAUUUUGUAGUCUGUCUAAUGUUACUUGUUUGUAGACCCCAGAGAUGACUGUGUGUAUUUUGAGUAGAAUCUCUUUUGUUUUGUUGCCCCUUAAAAAAAAAAAAAAAAAAAAGUAUUCUUUCAUACUGGAAUUUGAGAUUAAAAACUUUAAUAGAAAAUUUCUGCAGUAGCCCAAGGCUCUCAUUCUUUGAAAGGUUAACUAACAAGAACGUUAAGUAGGUUUUGACUAUGAUGCUGUCAUUUGACUAUGAUUCAUGCUGAUUUAAUGGUUGGAGAUCCAGAGUGCAUAAUGAGAAACUGAGUUACUUUGGAUAUUGCACAUCUUACUGGAAAGAUUUUUCUGUCUCGCACAUCUUGGAUCUGCUAUAUGGAAUUCACAUUUCACAAUGUGCAACAUAAGCAUAGAAACUUUGUUUAAGGUUCCAAUUCUGAACUUUAAAACAGGUAGUUUGUGGUGUAUGGCUCAAAUAUACAUGUAAAAAAAAGUCACACACAUUGUUCAGUUGCAUUGUGCAAUAUUUUUUUAUGUAUUAUA